CCCUCCGGCCACCAGGGGGCGCCGUAGUAGCGGCGGCGGUUCCUCGCCCGGAACGCGUCGCUCGGGCCCCGCGGCGACCCGGACCCAGCGGCGGGGGGGACCGGCGGCGGCAGGCGUCAACAGAAGGAGAAGGAAAUGAGCCGACAUGUCUGAGGGCAGCAAGGGGAGCUCGCUGGCCUUUGGCCAGGUGGUGAUCGGGCCUCCGGGCUCCGGGAAGACGACCUACUGUCACGGCAUGCAGGAGUUCAUGGGCAGGAUCGGGCGCAAGGUGACGGUGGUGAACCUGGACCCCGCCAACGAGGCGAUGCCCUACCAGUGUGCCGUGGACAUCGCCGAGCUCAUCACCCUGCCUGAUGUAAUGGAGAACUUGAAGCUGGGGCCCAACGGGGGGUUGAUCUACUGCAUGGAGUACCUGGAGGCCAACUUCGACUGGCUGCAGGAGAAGCUGGCUGCGUUCAGGGGUCACUACUACUUGUUUGACUGCCCAGGGCAGGUAGAGCUCUACACCCACCACGACGCCCUGAAGAACGUCUUCGCGCAGUUGGCCAAGUGGAAUUUCAGGCUGGCUGCAGUGCAUUUGGUGGAUUCUCACUACUGCACGGACCCUGGCAAGUUUAUCUCUGUUCUCUGCACCUCGCUCUCCACCAUGCUGCACGUGGAACUGCCCCAUGUCAACGUCCUCUCCAAGAUGGACCUGAUCGAGCAAUACGGCAAGCUGGGUAAGAGCCUUUGUGAGAGAGACACGUGGAAUUGGGCUGCAUCAGGUGUAAAUUACCUGUUCGGAGCUUCUUGGUGUUCCCCUGCAGCUUUCAACCUGGAUUAUUACACAGAGGUCCUGGAUCUCUCUUACUUGGUUGACCAUUUAGCUUCUGACCCCUUCUUCAGAAAUUACCGCCGCCUCAAUGAGAAGCUGGUGGAGGUGAUCGAGGACUACAGCCUGGUGUCCUUCGUUCCGCUCAACGUCCAGGAUAAGGAGAGCAUGCGGCAGGUGAUGCAGGCAGUGGACAAAGCCAACGGCUAUUCCUUCGGAGACCAGGAGCACAGGAGCCUGGAAGCUCUGAUGUCGGCAGCAGUGGGAGCCGAUUUCCACUUUGCUUCCACGCUUGCAGUGCAGGAGAGGUAUGUGCAAUCUCAGGACAAAGCAGUGGAAGAAGAAGUGAUGGAUCUGUAACACACCCACCUCUUCCACAGCUGCUCUCGGUUUUGACACCUCUCCUUUUCCUACCAGGAGCUUAAGGGAUCUCCGCGUUGUGUGACUCAGACCGAGUGAAAGCCUGUCUCGGCAGAGGUCUGGCUGCUGGACUCCCUCUCUGUAAGGGUUUGACCUCUUGUGCUUCAGCCCCGCUGCACAGAGCAGUGUUUUUGCAGAAGGGCAAUGGCUGAGUGACCAGCAAGCCGGGUCUUCCCUUAGAAACAAGAGAGAUUUAGCCAGGUGAAGGCAGGGUUAGCAAGAGAAGAGAAGCAAGAUAAAGGAGACUGACCUUUUCCAAGUCUCCUCCCCAUCAUGACCAAGGUAGAUCCAGAGAAAGAAAAAUCAGUUUGACUGUCUCCUCUGCAGUGAGACUUAAGACAAAAGUUCUGGGUUUACCACACAGGAGGAGCACGCAUGGGCCUCGUGCUCAGAGGAGUACCCAGGCUGAGAAGCCUCCAGUCUGUCUCAAGGAAGACAGCAAGAUGGUUGGUUUUCUUUUUUUUUUUUUUUAAAUAAUGAUGGACUCUUUCUUAAUAAAACGCUCCUUCGUCUCGCUUUCA